AUGCCACUCCUAGCCUACUUCAUGCGAUUUCGAGCACAUGUUGGCUUUUAUACUUGUCAGAAGACAACUAUUCUUCGCCCAAGUAGUAUAAACGCAGGUAUACUCCAUAGUUACUUGUCAAAAUAUUUUUCACAGUUCUCAACGAGAUUUGUCAGUACUCAAGGAAUCAAUUCAUCAAGUAUGUUGUUUCGUGUCGUCGUCGUCGCCGUUCUUGUUGUCAUGAUUGGUAUGGCUUAUGGCACAGCAAUUGCUGAUGGUCGUGACCAAGCAAUGGUACCGCAACCACGUAUUACAUGUGAUUUAUUGUCCUUUCAACUGGGUGGCUUUUCCUUUGGUGACAGUGCAUGUGCUGCACAUUGUCUUGUCCUUGGUUAUAGAGGCGGUUCAUGCGAUUCGAGAAAAGUUUGUAAUUGUCGCAGUUGA